CCGAAUAUUAUUUUGACUUUUCUUAUUAUCAUUAUUCCCUUCCAACUAUUACUUAACCUUUUAACACAUUACCUACUCCCCCUGCCUGUACUUUAUAUAAGCUGCACCACCAAAUUUCAUUAUCCACAUUUGAGUUUCUCAUAUAUAUCACACAUUGUCACAAUAACAGUUUCAGCAAGCCACAUAUAUUAACGGAAAAUGUCCAAAGCCACGGUUUUUUUGGUAUUCCUGUUUGUUUUUCCGGCAGCACAAGCCGUGGACCACACUGUAGGCGGCUCCACCGGCUGGACCGCAUCCUUCAACUACACCGAAUGGGCUAGCCGCCAAACUUUUCGAGUCAAUGAUAACCUCGUGUUCAACUUUGGUCCUCCUCAUAGUGUGGAUAUAGUGAGCGCGGAUGAUUUUAGUAGCUGCAGCUCCGCAAGCCCCAUCAGAUCAUACACGGCAAGCCCCGCUACCAUUACACUGAAUACCUCCGGUGAAUGGUACUUCAUAUGCCCCGUCACCGGACACUGCUCAGGUGGCCAGAGGCUGUCCGUCAAUGUUGCCGGAGGGUCGACUCCAGCCGGCCCACCGGCGUCAGGAGGGUCCACGCCGUCAACUCCAGGCGGCCCACCGGCGGCUGGGGGGACUCCGCGGCCAUCUGCCGCCACGGGUUUGGGCGGAGGUGGCGGUUUGGUGGUGGCUGGGUUGGUGUCAAUUGUUAUGGUGGGAUUAAUGGGCUAGGCCAAAUUAUGUUUACCUUUUUUUUUCUCUCUCUCUCUUGUUUCGGCGCAUCUUAGUUAUGUUUUGUUGUUGGCGAGUUGGGAUUUACUAUUUAGUGGCGUGUGGUGUUUGUUCGUUUUCAUUUUUGUUCUUAUUUUGCUUCAAUAACAGGAUGUAAUUUUAUUUGNUU